AUGCUUUCCACUGAUUUUUCCAGUUUCUUCACUCGACCUAUAGAUGCCAGCGAUAUCUUCUUCGGUCAUCUCUAUCGCCUUUCCUUGCAUCUGUGUUUCUAUUUGUUAGCUAUGCACCUCCGCCACCAUUCCAUUCUCCGACCUUCAACCAGUUCACCGAGGGUAUCGAAGGCACUAGCAACUACCUUCCAUUCGUCAAUUAACUUUCUGUAUGAAGCCAUCGCCGUUGUUGAUUCCUUCAAUCAGAUGAACGACAAACUGUCUGAGAAUCAAUUUUUUUGCCCAAGCCUCCCAGAAGGCUAUCGUUGGGGUAUGGAUUGAUGCAGGGUCGUAAUUUGAGACGGAAGAGAACAAUGGUGUUGCUCAGAUAUAUUGCAGAACUCGACUUUUGAUGAAACAUUGAUCAAUCGUCAGCGUGGUGUUAUUCUACGAAAGAUGGAAGAGGUUAGAGCACAAACCGAAGAAGUAAUCUUUGAUCAUUUGCAUUCUACUGCUUUCCAAUACACCCCCCUUGGAAAGACCAUUCUUGGACCUGCUGAAAACAUCCGGAAGAUAACAAAGAAAGAUAUUUAAGAUUGCAUUUCAACCCACUAUGAAGCUCACAGAAUGGUAAUUUUAGCUUCUGGGGCUGUUAAACAUGUGAAGCGAUCGAGGAGCGACACAUGAUUUGGGAGUAUAUGCUGAAGCUGACAUACCUUAAAGAUAGACAAAGACCGAACUUUCUUAGAUGGAGAAGAACAGAUGUGAAAAUGAUUCUGACAUUAAAAUAGGCCAUUUAAAACAAUUCGAUUGAAAAGGUCAAUUAUUGUUAAAGUUGUUGGCUGCAAAGAAUUAAUGACACAAUCAUGGAGAUGAGGUACCAUAACAAGAGUACAAUACAUGGUCUUAAAGACAUGAGGAACCAAGACUUACAACCGAUGAUUGCAAACAGGGAAUGAACAAAAAAAAUCACUGGUGGUAAAUAAAGUACUUGGAGCUGAUGUCACAAAUGUUCAAAAAGUUACACUUGCCGAGUAUAACCGGCUGUCUCUAGCAGCGGUCAGCAAAACAAAAAGCUCAGUUUUAAUUUUGGAUUUAUGUUUUAAUUGAACUGGGGAUCUAAUUCAAAUUACAAUUGACCACAUCGACCCUCUCUGCAGCCGGGUAUUUUAUGUUCAGUACUUCAAGGAACUAAAAGUGUCGUGGCCAACGACAAAAUGAUCAUUUUGCAUGUGAAAUAGCUUAAAAACUUAUACUUUUCAAGAAAGGAGAAGUAGUUGCUGCAUUUGAAAAACACUUUGAAGUGUAUGAGAAUUUCGAUAUUUACAUAAAUUCUGCAGGCAUUGCAACUUCAGUCCCAUUUUACCUGUUGAAGACAUCAAUACACAACACAAGAGAUAGUUGUUGGAUUAAAUUCUGAAUUUAUACUUCUUAGAGAUAGAUUCUGGGGAUUGUUGUUUGAAGAGAAUGUGAUAGCUAAGGUCGAAAAUCAUAAGCCUAUCUUAAUAUCCUUCGAAACCAUCCAUAAGAAGCACCAGAUGCCAAAAAUGAUCAUAUCCGUUUAGAUCCAUCCCCGCAACGCGGGGCUCCUCAUCUAGUUGGAAUUAAAUACAUCCAAUUUCAACGAAUGUAAGUUAUUGUUUGACGAUUGGAAAAUAUUUAUUGGAAUUAAAUACAUUCCAUAUGGGGAAGAUGAUGUCAACAAUUUGAUCUAAGGGUGGAAAAAAUAAGAUUGAAAUACAAUUAAUGGUCCAAAUUAUUUAAGAUGAUG